AGGAGGUUGGUUCUUGCCUUUCGGUGCCUCUCCGCCCCCCUCCUGCCCUUCUCUCUCUCUCGCUCUCUCUCGCUUUCUGGCAAGUUUGCCGCUGUGCCGCGGCGCCUCCGGAGCGGCUGGCUGCGGGCUGCCCCUGCCCCGCUCCCGGCGCUGCCCGCGGCGGGGCGGGCGGGGACGGCGGCGAGCCGAGGCGACCCAGGGAGCGGCCCCGCCGCCCCCGGGGAAGGCUCUGCUCCGGGGAGCAGCGGGGGGAGGCGGCUGGCACAGACGCCGAAGCUCCGCCGCCCACCCCCCGGCAGCGCCGCAGUCUGCCCAGCGCCGGCAGCCCCGGGAGAUGGUGACACAUGAAGCGUGCGGGAAGGACCAUGGUUGAGAGGACCAGCAAGUUCUUGCUGAUCGUGGCCGUCUCGGUGUGCUUCAUGCUUAUCCUGUACCAGUACGUGGGGCCGGGGCUGAGCCUGGGUUCCCCCAGCGGCCGCUCCUACUCGGAGGAGCUGGACCUCUUUCCCACGCCGGACCCGCACUACGUGAAGAAGUAUUACUUCCCCGUGCGGGAGCUGGAGCGGGAGCUCGCGUUCGACAUGAAGGGCGAGGACGUGAUCGUCUUUCUGCACAUCCAGAAGACCGGCGGCACCACCUUCGGCCGCCACCUGGUGCAGAACGUGCGGCUGGAGGUGCCGUGCGACUGCCGGCCCGGGCAGAAGAAGUGCACCUGCUACCGGCCCAACCGCAGGGAGACCUGGCUCUUCUCUCGCUUCUCCACGGGCUGGAGCUGCGGGCUGCACGCCGACUGGACCGAGCUCACCAAUUGUGUGCCCGGGGUGCUGGACCGCCGGGAGAGCGCCGCAGCCAAGACGCCCAGAAAGUUUUACUACAUCACUCUGCUGAGAGACCCCGUAUCCCGUUACCUCAGCGAGUGGCGUCACGUCCAGCGAGGAGCUACCUGGAAGACCUCCUUGCACAUGUGUGAUGGCAGGACACCCACUCCUGAAGAGCUGCCCUCGUGCUACGAGGGCACGGACUGGUCGGGCUGCACGCUGCAGGAGUUCAUGGACUGCCCCUACAACCUGGCCAACAACCGCCAGGUGAGGAUGUUGGCCGACUUGAGCCUGGUGGGCUGCUACAACAUGUCCUUCAUCCCGGAGAACAAGCGAGCGCAGAUCCUGCUGGAGAGCGCCAAAAAAAACCUCAAAGACAUGGCCUUCUUCGGCCUGACAGAGUUCCAGAGAAAGACUCAGUACCUGUUUGAGAGGACUUUCAACCUGAAGUUCAUCCGGCCCUUCAUGCAGUACAACAGCACGCGGGCGGGCGGGGUGGAGGUGGACAACGACACCAUCCGCAGGAUCGAGGAGCUCAACGACCUGGACAUGCAGCUCUAUGACUAUGCAAAGGACCUCUUCCAGCAGCGCUACCAGUACAAGAGGCAGCUGGAGAGGAUGGAGCAGAGGAUCAGGAACCGGGAGGAGAGGCUCCUGCACCGCUCCAACGAAGCGCUUCCCAAGGAAGAGACCGAGGAGCAAGGACGUUUGCCCACUGAGGACUACAUGAGCCAUAUUAUAGAGAAGUGGUAGCCUAGGCAGACUUUUAUAUUAAUGAUAUUCUAGGGUUUCCAUAUAAGAGAUGGUGGAAGUAAAAAUGACAAAAAAAAACAAAAACAAAAACAACAAAAAAAUAUUUUAUUUAAAAACAAGUCUGUAAAACAGAAGGUAGAUUGCUUCCUUAAGCAUAGGGUCUUUUUACUGUUUCUUACAAGACCGAUGAGAUUCUUAAAAAAAUCAAUAAAUACAUAAAAAUAAAAAAAGGGUCAACAUUCUAAUGCAGAGAUAAAAAAUGCACAAAUGCAGUAAGGCCAAAUACAGAAGAAUGUUUCUUAUCCUCACGAUUUUAACACAAAUGGCAGAAGUGGGAUUUUUUAAAAAUCUGUUUAUCCCCUAAUGAUCUAAAGAUACAUAAUUAAAAACCAAGGAAACAGAGGUUUUCUUUGGUGGGGGAGGUGGGAUGGGAAUUGCACUGUUUGUCAGUAGCUGAUAAUGGUGACUGAGUUGAGGAUGGGCCAUCCUGUCAGGCUGGGAUCUGAGCACACAGCAUUUCAGCUGGCAGCCACUGCCAGAAAGUAGACCACCAUAAAAAAAAAAAAGAAGAAAACCAGUCAGAGGAUGAGAAACAUUAAAGCAAAUUGACUGUGGCCUGGGAAAUGUACUUAGCACAGUGGUUCUGAUUCAUUGCACUGGUAUCACAUAUACAUACACAGCUUCAUCACAAAAUAAUGGGGAAUUCAUACCCCAAAAAUCCCAGAUUUGUUUCCCCGACUGAUCCCAAAACAAGUUAAAGCCAACCAUAGACUCAAACCUGCAUUCACAUGUUGUCCUGUCAGCUUACACCACUAGCACUCAAGCCACUAUCAGUAUAUUGUGUGUUAACAGCACACAAAAACCCUAUCCUACAUACUACCAAAAAAAAAAAAAAAAAGAAGAAAAAUUUAACAACUCCUUCAUAAAUCCGCACAAAAUUCGGACCCUGCAGAUGAUAAGUCACUAAUGGGAACGUGACCAGGGGGUGAUUUUGUUUUGUUUGUUGCUAUGUGAAAUACUGACCCAGAAUAAGCAUACAGACCUUGCCUAGCUGUAUUAUUUCAGUUAUUUUUACUUGCUUUUAUCAAGAGGUAAUGGGCAUCAGCCUGCUUCCAGUGAAGUCACUAGAAGUGAUUUAAGUGGGGACAGGAUGGGGCUCUCUUCCAGAGCUGUGAAAAUUUCUGACUGUGGGUCUAAAUUAAUUAUGAGACAGUGCACAUUGUCUUUUGGCAGGGUGCCUGUUCUGCAGCCCUUACUUUAAAAGAACAAGCUGUGUUCAUAAAGCUGGAAAGGGGAAUCAUGGAUGGUGUUUUUUUAGUCUCAGACCACUCUCAAAGCAGAACUCUUUCAAUGCUGUUUUUUAGGGCCUCAUGGAAGUUUAAUCCUCCAGUGUGGGGACAGUCUAACCAGGUUCUGCUUACUGACUUUUGAGUCAUAGAACAACAGUGACUUCUCUAAUUCCUCUUUCCACUCACCAAAUUAAAAUAUGGCUUAUUUUUUUGCAGUUGCAAGCACUUCUUUGUUUGGCUGGAAGCAUGGAAAUGAAGCAGUUUGUGCCUGGUUCAUGUCUCACUCUGUUAUUACUCAGCCUGCAAGACCUGAACCAGCCAUUGUUUAGGGUAAACUCUGAACCAAAUGGAAUAGGGUUUGAUGUUCAAAGGCCACAUUAACUACAAAUCAAAUAUGGCAUUGAAACCACUGGAGGAGAGGCAGAGAGCUGAUGCACUCAACUUUAGCAUGUCAUUUUCACAGCACCCCUUCCCCAUCACACAGACCCACUGAUGUGCUGCUUGGUUGGGAUUUUCAUUCCUUCUCUGCCUCUGUGCACUGUGUCCAGCAGUUUCAAGUUCAGACUGAGUUUGCAAAGGAGGGGUUUCUGGGGGGGAGAUACACCUUGCUUUGGGAGACAUUUUUCUCCUGAAGAGCAAAGACAGCUAAAAAACUUUAGAGAAAACACAAAGAGCACUUAGGGCUCAGAGACAAUUCUGUUACAGCCAGAGUCAGAGGAUGUCUUUCCUGUGGAUUUCAGGUGGAUUUUGGUCAGGUCUGACUCUGCUGCUGCAGAGUGCACAAGCACACACUCACCUGCCUGCAGGCACAGCUGGACAUUGCCAGCCACACAUCUGGCUGGUACCAGUAGGUGCUAGUGCUGUCCAUGUCUUUAAGGCUGUGCCAGUGCCUCUGCCACAGGAUGGCUCCUGUUCCCAGAAACGUGUAGCCUGCCCAUAAGCAUUUCCUCCUGGGUGAAAACUGGGGAGAAAAAUGAAGCAGUAUUUGGUGGCUGGCUUGGGGGAAGAGAAGGCAUUACAAGAGAAGGCACUACAAGAGAAGGUAUCACAAGAGAAGGCAUUACAAGAGAAGGUAUCACAAGAGAAGGCAUUACAAGAGAAGGUAUCACAAGAGAAGGCAUUGCAAGAGAAGGUAUUACAAAAGAAGGCACUACAAGAGAAGGUAUCACAAGAAGAAGGCAUCACAAGUCCAUUUGCUCCUCUCUGAAUCCCAAGACUGGCAGAAGCUAUGUCUGCUAGUUGCCAGCACUUUUACAUUUUGCUGUAACUACAGAGCACAUUGGUAUUUAAAAAAUGCAACUUUGGAGGCUGUUUACCCACAAAAGCAGCACAUGAGACAUAAAAAGCAGUUGUUGCACGUGCACAGCUCCCACCUUUCCCCAAAAGCUUUUCAGGUGUGUCCUGGGUGGUGGAUCCAUAAGGCACAAGGGGUUCCUGCAGCUAAUCCCUGUUUGUGUCUCACUGCUGGGGCUGUGUGGGGUUCAGAGCAGGAUUGUGAUUAGGCUGUGUCUGCCUGAGCUGUUCCUGAGUCCCAGGCUCUGAGGAACCAGCUGGAUGCUAAUGAAUCUGUCUGCAGGGCUGUCUAAAUCAGGAGCAGCCUCUGACCUUAGAAGCAUGUCAGUAGAAGACCUUGCUCCAACUUUUUUUUUUUUUUUUUGUAAUGUAUUGCAGGAACAAGCAAAAGAAAUGAAAUUAUAUUGAAAACUGUCUUUGGUGAACAGUUUCAACCACAAAAGGAGGGCUGACCUCAGUACUGAGGCAGAAGUUUCUAGAUUUAAAGGAUUUAAAUCCUGCACCCAUGCCAAUGCCUCAGUUUUUCCACCUCUACACUGGGAGUAACAAAUUUAGGGACUCUCCAAGGUAUGAGAAGUAUAGGGCACUUUGAAACAGAUUCUGAGUCAUGGGAAUGAACAGAGUCACCCCAAAGCCAUCCCUCACCUUGGCUGCUGUGCUGCUCUGCUUCUGGCUGUUAAUUGAUUUUAAGUGCUGUGUACCAGAACAGGGCUGCAGGACAUACCUGGCACUGUCUUCUUCCUUUAGUGGGUGCAAGGGAACUUCUUUAACAUAAUGUGAAUGUAGUUUUUUGUGAUUUAUAUGUACCACACUUGGAAGUGGUACUGUUUCUUUUCUUUGUAGGACUGAUGUUUUGAUGCUACAAUAACAUGGAAAGUGUGUGUGUGUAGUUUUAAAAUGAAUGGAGACCACCAGCUUUAAGGCACUCUGGCAGAAGUAGUGGCCAGAUAGUAGAUUCUUGUUCAAUGUCUGCCCCUUUCUUCCAAAAUGUUUUUCCUGUGACUUCCAGACACACCAAAAGCUUCUUCAGGGCAUGAAGUGUUUCUUCAGGGGGUCUGUCAGUGCAUCAUGAUCCAGGUCAGCUCAGAGAGUGCUGGGAGCAGUGCAGGCAGGUGCAAGAUUGCACUUGUCCCUUAGGAACUUUGUGACUUCUUGGGGCUAAGAAGUCAAUUUGCUUUUAGUUCCCUAAACAGUGUAAACAUCACUGCUUGCUGGGUGUUCUUGCUGAAGAGAACAUUUGCUUGCUGGUUGGUCUCAUCCUAGUUAGCUCUGCUGAAGGAGUUUGCCUCAUCCAAGGUUUUCCAGACAGUCAGGUGCCACCUUGUACCCUGUCCAGGUCACAAAAUGCAGGAUUGACUGGUCAGGUUGCCAGCCCAGGCUGUCACAGGGGUCAAAGUCAUAAACAAAAAAAAAGUCAGAAAAGGGUCAGUGUGAAUUUCUGGCUUGUCUGAAUUUCUCCCUUUAUGCCCAACGUUUUGGAAUAAAUGAGGAGCACUUCAGUUGAUGUUUUUGCACCCCCCAGUCCCUUACUUGCUUACAGAACUGGGAUGACAAUGAAAGCAGCAUAAGAAAGAUCCCAAUAAGGUUUUGAAUCCUCCCUCCCAGGGCUUCCUGUUAGAGCAGAAAAGAGCAGUGCAGUUGCUGAGGGUGUGACCGAGGCAGGAGGACUCCCCAUGGCAGCAGAAUUAGGGAGUCUUCCCUCUGAGCCAGCCAAGCCACUUCAGAGAGCAGUGGGCAGCUCCAGAAGGUGAUGAUGGCAUCACAGCACAGGGCCUGGCCAAGGUGCAAACCUUGGGGCAAAAAGCAUCUCUGGUGUCUCACUGGUGUUCAGAGUUACCCAGACCCCAGAGACUUCUUCAGUAACCACAAAAAAAGGGUGGCACUGCAGGAAUCCAUCCCCAACCUGUGACUUCUCCAGUCAUCACAAAAAAAGGGUGGCACUGCAGGAAUCCAUCCCCAACCUGUGACUUCUCCAGUCAUCACAAAAAAGAGGUGGCACUGCAGGAAUCCAUCCCCAACCUGUGACUUCUCCAGUCAUCACAGAAAAGGGGUGGCACUGCAGGAAUCCAUCCCCAACCUGUGACUUCUCCAGUCAUCACAAAAAAAAGGGGUGGCACUGCAGGAAUCCAUCCCCAACCUGUGCUGAGUGCUCAGAGCUGUACCCUGGCAUGCAGCUGACACUGUCUGCUGGACACAAACCCCAGGGCUGGCUGUGUUCUCUUUUCAUUCCUCUUUUCACUUCCACUAAAGGUAGCAGCUCAUGUACCAGAGGCAAAGGGAGCCUGGCAUUCACUGCCUGGUCUGGAGAGUUCCAAGCCUUUGCAGCACAGGUCAGUGAGCAGCAGCUCAGGAGAGGAGGGCACACAACCCCAGCUAUCCAUGGCUGCUUGUUUUACCCCAUUCACAGGAAUUCUGCCAAGGUGAAUGCAGCCCUGAUGAGCACACGGGUGUUAAAGCCUGUGUUGUCCCAGCUCUGUAAUUCUUAGCCAUGCAAGCUGAAAAAAAACUUCAUUUGCAAAUGAGUCUGUCUCCACAAUUCCCCCUCCCUGUUCAGUUCCCCCAUGUGUCAGUUCUGGAGACUGGAUUGAGAGAGUUGUACUAUAAUGAAUAAUUUUAUAUUCAAAAGGUUUACUGAGCAUGAUUUGUUUUGUACAUAUUGGAAUAUGAUUUAACUUAUUUUUAUUGCCCCUUUUAAUCAUUUUUUUCCCAUAAGGAGAAGACAAAAAUCCCCAUCCUCUCUCAAUGUGAAGUUCCUGUGUGUUUAUGUGCAGUCUGCCAGUCAAACACACAAGAGGCAGAGGAUUUCUCACCAUCCCUACAGCUAUCUGAUUUUGGUUUGCAUUGUCAUUUCCAUUCAUCUGGGACCUUGCUUAGAUUGUCUCUUCUUUCCUCUCUGCUGCACAGUCUGCACAGAGCAGGGAAAGGUCAGUGCAGGCAGGAUUAUUUUCUUCUUCCUCUCCCCUUUCUUGUGGGCUUUACUUACCAAGGAACUCAGUUCCUCUUGGAGGUGUGUGACUGAGGGUAGAAAAAUACACCUGUCCCCCACCUGCCUUCCAUCCCCCAUGUUGUAGAUCAAACAGAUUCAGCUUCUCUGAAAGUGACUGUGGCUGGACUCAUUCCAUUGGGCUGAAUGUGUAUGGUUUGCACUUUCCCCCCACUUCAGGAACUUAAAACCAACAAAAAAAAUAAAAGGCAACUGUUUUAACUUGAGCCGAGUAACACUUAAAGCUUUAUAUAUUUAUUUAUAGCAUCUUACAGAAAGUGUUAAAAGGUUUUUUCUUCCACAAGAAAAAUAAAGUUUUAAAAAAUCAUCUAAUUGUUUUUGUCUAGAUCAAGGAUGAAUGUUAGCAGACGAAAUAAACCCUAAAAUUGA